UCCAGAUAGUGGGGUUUCUCAGGGCGUCGAAAGCUCCCGUGUUGAGGCUUCAGGCGCCAGAGUCCGGAGGGGGGCGGUAGCAGCGUCAGGUGGCUGCUCUGCGUCCCUGAGCGCCACAGAGUCACUUCCUACUCGGCGCACAGCCUGGGCUGGAGCAGGAGCCCUCCUGCACCUCGACUCCAGGACCGGCGUCCGCCGGAGUUGCGGGGGCUUGGGACAGCGGCGGGAGAAGCUAAGAUGUGACCCCCUCCCCUCAUUGCCAUUGCCCUCUCGGGUGCCUGUUUCUGCAAACAACAGCCUGCACUGGCCAGCGAGCACUUGCCUGGAUCUUCGUGGAGAAGGGACCAGCCACUGGGCGCUCGCAAAGCCGGGCAGAAGUUGGACUGCCCUGGGCAGCUGUGAAACAGCUGUGUGAGAUGGGUGGACUAGGAGACUGAGGGAGCAGAGCUAAGGAAGAGGGUCUUGCCCUGGGCUAGGGGCGGGGAGAGGGAAGUCGAGUUGCUUCUCGCUCUCUCCCAGAUCCCGGAGUCGGCAUAGAGAGAGAAAUGCUGAGCCCGCGUCCGGGCUCCUGCCUCCGCGGCAGCAUCUUCAGUAGCAGCCUCAGCAUCAGCACCGGCGGGACAGCGACAGCGGGGGCGGCGCAGGCGCACUGUGCCCGGCGGAGCCUGCAGUUCCCCAGCCCCGUGUGCGGCACCGCCACAGUCUGGGCAGCGGCGGCCGGGGGAGCGCUACUACCAUGAACUGCCUGGUCCUCCUCCCCAGAGCUGCUCAUCCGGGUCGGGCUGGAGACACAGUCAGGGGACCCCGCCGCCGCCGCCGCGCCCCCUUUUCUUUCGUCUCCAUCUCCACCACCUUUUCCUCUUCUUCUUCUUCCACCUUUUCUUCCUGCUUCCCCCCCUCCCCCGCCGCGGAUCCUGGCCGCUGCUCUCCAGACCCAGGAUGCCGGGGGGCAAGAGAGGGCUGGUGGCGCCGCAGAACACAUUUUUGGAGAACAUCGUCAGGCGCUCGAGUGAAUCAAGUUUCUUACUGGGAAACGCCCAAAUUGUGGACUGGCCUGUAGUUUACAGUAAUGACGGUUUUUGUAAACUCUCUGGAUAUCAUCGAGCUGACGUUAUGCAGAAAAGCAGCACUUGCAGUUUCAUGUAUGGAGAAUUGACCGACAAGAAGACCAUUGAGAAAGUCAGGCAGACCUUUGACAACUACGAGUCAAACUGUUUUGAAGUUCUUCUGUACAAAAAAAACCGAACUCCGGUCUGGUUCUACAUGCAAAUCGCGCCGAUAAGAAACGAGCAUGAGAAAGUGGUCUUGUUCCUGUGUACGUUCAAGGAUAUUACACUGUUCAAACAGCCAAUAGAGGAUGACUCAACGAAAGGUUGGACAAAAUUUGCCCGAUUGACACGGGCUUUGACAAAUAGCCGAAGCGUUUUACAGCAGCUUACACCAAUGAAUAAAACAGAGACGGUCCACAAACACUCACGACUAGCUGAAGUUCUUCAGCUAGGAUCAGACAUCCUUCCUCAGUAUAAGCAAGAAGCGCCAAAGACGCCACCACACAUCAUUUUACACUACUGUGCUUUUAAAACUACCUGGGAUUGGGUGAUUUUAAUUCUUACCUUCUACACCGCCAUCAUGGUUCCUUAUAAUGUUUCCUUCAAAACAAAGCAGAACAAUAUAGCCUGGCUGGUGCUGGACAGUGUGGUGGACGUUAUUUUUCUGGUGGACAUCGUUUUAAAUUUUCACACGACUUUUGUGGGGCCUGGUGGAGAGGUCAUUUCUGACCCAAAGCUCAUAAGGAUGAACUAUUUGAAAACUUGGUUUGUGAUCGAUCUGCUGUCUUGUUUACCUUAUGACAUCAUCAAUGCCUUUGAGAAUGUGGACGAGGGAAUCAGCAGUCUCUUCAGUUCUUUGAAGGUGGUGCGCCUCCUGCGCCUGGGCCGUGUUGCUAGGAAACUGGACCAUUAUCUGGAGUAUGGAGCCGCUGUCCUUGUGCUCCUGGUGUGUGUAUUUGGAUUGGUUGCCCACUGGCUGGCUUGCAUCUGGUACAGCAUUGGCGACUAUGAGGUCAUUGAUGAAGUCACCAACACCAUUCAAAUAGACAGCUGGCUCUACCAGUUGGCCUUGAGCAUUGGGACUCCAUAUCGCUAUAAUACCAGUGCAGGGAUCUGGGAAGGAGGACCCAGCAAGGACUCUCUGUACGUGUCCUCCCUCUACUUCACCAUGACGAGCCUUACAACCAUAGGAUUUGGAAACAUAGCUCCGACCACAGAUGUGGAGAAGAUGUUCUCAGUCGCCAUGAUGAUGGUUGGCUCUCUUCUUUAUGCAACUAUUUUUGGAAAUGUUACCACAAUUUUCCAGCAAAUGUAUGCCAACACCAACCGUUACCACGAGAUGCUGAAUAAUGUUCGAGAUUUCCUGAAAUUAUAUCAGGUCCCAAAAGGUCUUAGUGAACGAGUCAUGGAUUAUAUUGUCUCAACAUGGUCAAUGUCAAAAGGCAUCGACACGGAGAAGGUCCUCUCCAUCUGUCCCAAGGACAUGAGAGCAGACAUCUGUGUUCAUCUGAACAGGAAGGUUUUUAACGAACACCCUGCAUUCCGAUUGGCCAGUGAUGGGUGCCUGCGUGCCUUGGCAGUGGAGUUCCAAACCAUUCAUUGUGCUCCUGGGGACCUGAUUUAUCAUGCUGGAGAAAGUGUGGAUGCCCUCUGCUUUGUGGUGUCGGGGUCCUUGGAAGUUAUCCAGGAUGACGAAGUGGUGGCUAUUUUAGGGAAAGGUGAUGUGUUUGGAGACAUCUUCUGGAAGGAAACCACACUUGCUCAUGCUUGUGCCAAUGUUCGGGCUCUGACUUACUGUGACCUGCACAUCAUCAAGCGAGAAGCCUUGCUCAAGGUCCUGGACUUCUAUACAGCAUUUGCAAACUCAUUUUCAAGGAACCUCACUCUCACUUGCAACCUAAGGAAGCGGAUCAUCUUCCGUAAAAUUAGUGACGUGAAAAAAGAGGAGGAAGAGCGGCUACGGCAGAAGAACGAGGUGACUCUCAGCAUCCCUGUGGACCACCCAGUUCGGAAGCUCUUCCAGAAGUUCAAGCAGCAGAAGGAACUGAGGAACCAGGGCUCAGUGCAGAAUGACCCUGAGAGGAGCCAGCUUCAGGUGGAGAGCCGCCCUUUGCAGAACGGCGCCUCCAUCACAGGUACCAGUGUGGUCACCGUGUCCCAGAUUACCCCCAUCCAGACAUCUCUGGCCUAUGUGAAAACCAGCGAGUCCCUUAAGCAGAACAACCGUGAUGCCAUGGAACUGAAGCCCAACAGUGGUGGUGCCGAACAAAAAUGUCUCAAAGUCAACAGCCCCAUCAGAAUGAAGAACGGAAACGGGAAAGGGUGGCUGAGAUUGAAAAACAACAUGGGGACCCACGAGGAGAAAAAGGAAGACUGGAAUAAUGUCACCAAAGCUGAGUCGAUGGGGCUGUUGUCAGAGGACCCCAAAGGCAGUGAUUCAGAGAACAGUGUGACCAAGAACCCGUUAAGGAAAACAGACUCUUGUGACAGUGGGAUUACAAAAAGUGACCUUCGUUUGGAUAAAGCUGGUGAGGCCCGAAGUCCUCUAGAACACAGUCCUAUCCAGGCUGAUGCCAAGCAUCCUUUUUACCCCAUCCCUGAGCAGGCCUUACAAACCACACUGCAGGAAGUAAAACACGAACUCAAAGAGGACAUCCAGCUGCUGAGCUGCAGAAUGACUGCCCUGGAAAAGCAGGUGGCAGAAAUUUUAAAACUACUCUCAGAGAAAAGUAUACCCCAGACCUCCUCUCCAAAACCCCAAAUGCCACUCCCAGUACCUCCCCAAAUACCAUGUCAGGAUAUUUUUAGUGUCUCAAGGCCCGAGUCACCUGAAUCUGACAAAGAUGAAAUUAACUUUUAAUAUAUAAAUAUAUAUAUACAUAUAUAUUUGUCAAUAUAUUUAAAAUGGUAUAUACAUCUAUAUACAUAUGUGUGUAUAUAUAGUAUAUACAUAUAUAUAUUUUCACUUGCUUUCAAUAUGAUGAACACAAUAUGGAUUUUGAUAUGUACAUACUGCAUGUCCAGCUGGAUUCUGGCCUGCCAAAGAUGAUUAUUCAAAGCAUAGAUAUUGCUUGUAUAUUAUGCAGUUGACUGCAUGCACACUUUACAUUUAUUUAUAAUCUCUAUUCUGUAAUAAAAAAAAAAAGUAUGAAUUUUGUUAACUAGGGCAAUGUAAUCUUUGAAGAAUCAGGGUCCAACCUGCCAAUGUUGCCAUGACAAACUUGAUCUCAGGCUGAGUAUAUCGAGCUGUCAUUUCUUCACUAUUCUGUUUAGUUAAAAUUAUAGAUUAAUGUCAAGGGAAGAGUGCAGCUUCUGAAGCUGUCAGACCAUUUUACAAUCUCAUGCCAUAGGGUAUUUUUCUGUAACUUAGUGUUAGGUUCUUUUUCCCUACAGGCAAUGUUUGCUCCAUUGAAAUGACUGUGCUGUUGCCUACAACUGAUGCCAGUGUCAGAUACCGAGAACUUAUUGCUUUGGGUUUUGUGCAUGAAUUGCAUUUCCACUCAAUGAUACCUCUCCUUUUUAGCAUUGUAUUAGAUAGUAAUCAUUAGCUCUUAUGUAAAGAAUUCCCUGCUCCCUCCGUCUUGGAGAACAACUGUCAUUUUGGGAGCUGACAUUAUCAACACCAUAAAUACUCAAUUGUUAAUAUAGUGUAUAUUAUUAUAGAAAACACUGCACCACAGGGUAUAAGAGCCUUUUAACAAUAUGUUAGAUAUGCUGAUUGUCCAAAGGCAAUGAAUGUUCUACAUUUAUAUUUCCAUAACUUGUUCAAAGAGGGGGGGGUGUUGAAAGGCUCUUAGCAAAGAAACAUAUCAAAAUUUUAACUGUUAAUGAUAUAAUUUUUUGAAAAGGAUAUAAGCAAUUGGACAUGUUUUAAUUGCACAUCCGUGGCUUAGAAAAAAUGAACUAUAGGUACAGAAAUGCAGACACAUGAUUUUUGUUGCUUGAAGAGGUUGACAACUUGAGUUGUGGUUAACUUACAAAAUAACUAACCUAGAAGGCAACAUUAAGUUACUUUAUUCAGAUAACCGCUUUUCUAUGACUUUAUUCUGGGUACAAAAUUCCCUAAGCUCUUUUGCACACAGUUGCAUUGCUGGCCUUCUGUUGGGUUGAUACAAUAGACCACUAUGGCUCCGGCAGAUCCACUCACAAGAGGCUUGUGGGGCUGAAUGUCAUAGUCUUUUGGGUAACAAUUCCUCUUCUGAGAAAGUGCCUAUUACCAACCAAAAGAGAAGUCACAAAUGUUGCACUGUCUGUAUUUAGGCCCUCAGAUGAUAAAUACUCAAAAUGAAAUGCAUACCCCUCUUGAGAACUCGUGGAAGCUGUUUCUUAUGACUCCAGAAUGUUUUCCAGAGUUCUUCCUGGGGGAGUGCUUUUCAGUUGGUGCAGGCACAAAAUUCAAUAUUGAGAGUAAGGAAGCUAGUGUUUGCAUUAACCUGAAAGUAUAUUUCAAUCACUUGUGUAUUGCUAGGCUAUAAAUAUACAUGCAUUAUAUAUGCCUAUAUAGACAGGUGAACAUACAAACAACGGUGACAAAAAUCAAAGAAAAUAUUUUGCUUUUUUAUACCCAAUUUUAUGUGCUUUUCUAUCUCCCAGUGUCUCUAAAAUUGUAGAAAGAAGAGUUACCACAGUCAUACUGGAGACGUAUGAAACAGUAAGACUUUGUAAAAGUUCUCCACAUGCCCCUAAGAUGUACCCCUUUUUUUUCUAGGACUCCUGGAAUGUAUGUUAGGUACAGUGGGUUACAGUUGUUUUCCUUUCCAUUACUCAAAAUGGACAUUUCCAGGGCCAUAUAUCUCCUUGUCCUGCUAAGAUUCCUAUAUGCCACAGGCAAAAGGAAAUGAAAUUACAGAAUCAGCCUUAAAACAGAGGUUUGGGGGGCUUGCUUGUCUUAGCUUUUGUACUGUGGAAGAUACCUUGCCAUUGACUUCUAAGAUUUACUGGGUUUCAGAGCUUCUUCUUAUUUGCUAAAGUCAAGUGUGACAAAUACCUUUAAAGAUGAAUGGGUGAUAAAAACAAAAACAAAAACCAUGAGCUCUAAAAUCAUUGUUCUGACUUUAGCUACAUCCAAAACUAACAGCUGGUUUCAAGCUAUAAGAGGGUCACUGACGCAGGAAACUGGAUUGAAAUGUAAUGCAUGACUUUUCAUAUUAGGCUUACAAACCUUUGCCAGGAUCUGACAUUGACUCAGACAGUUUUAGCUAAUGACUUACAACAUUAGCCACAAUGAGAUUUCUAUCUAAACACAUGUUCCCAUAGGUGGGAAAGUAACACAAUGGUUUUGAACUGUGCUGGACCUUCACUAGGGAGGGGAAGUGUCAAUUGCUUAAUUUUUGGUGCAGUUCCCACAGUAUUCUUUUCCAGACUCCUGUCCUCCGAGUGCAUGACACGAUGUGGUGCUGAGCACACUCUGCACAUCUUCAGCGAACAUUGUAUAUAGUCUUAGGUUUCCAGAUUUUAAAAUUCUUCACAGUAGAAUUUAGCCAGAAUGCUUGCUUACACACAUGUGAUAAUAAUACAAUCACAUUCUGUGUAGCCUCAACCAGCACACAGACAGUGCAGGCUCUUUGCGGGACCAGAUGACUGCAUGUUUUCUUCCUACACCGUAUAGGUGCUCUUGGUGCAUCUAGAAUAUUUUUUUUUAUUAUUAUACUUCUGAACAGUGUACUAAUAGGACUAAGUGGAUUUGUAUCUGAAAUGCAAACAUUUUGCAAAGCAACCUAUACAUCUUUAACUCUGUUACGAUGCUAUGAAAAUGUAAGAUGAGACACUGUAUUCUGGGCAGGUGGUUGUGACAUGACGGUCAAAAAUCGAAUGCAAACAGAAUUGUGAUCUUCGCAUCAGAGCAGGGAGAUUUGCUGACCUGUAUCAGGAUAGUGUUGCACUAAGUGUGAUCUAGUAGACAGAAGAGCUUGCAAUCAAGAGCAAAUAGAAACCCCAAAGAUAGAAAACAACAUCAAAACUCCUAGUGUCUCCCAUUUACAUGAGUGACUUUGAACUAGUUCAGGAAUAGUGAUCCAGUUCACACUCAAACUUCAUUCUUUAAAGGAAACUUUUUAUUGCAACCUUGAUCACACUUCCCAUUGUGUACAAGGCUACAAAACAUCCUGAAUGUUAAGAAAAUUCCAUACAAUUUUGCAUAGGGCAGAGGGCAGAGAACAUGAGGAUGAGAGGUUUUGAUGGCUUCUAGAACAAUGACCUACUCAGUGCUACCCAGUACAUUCACAGGAGUGUUACUUAAAACAGCAAACUAAAGUAAAAUUUUGAAAAUUAACCUAACUGAAAUCUAAAUACAAGUCACACGGAAUUUAAGGAGAUAUUGUUUACCUGUGAGAUUCAAAAACUGGAAUUCUUUUGGAAAAACCUGUUGGGUUUUUUUGUUUUGUUUUGUUUGUUUUUCUUUUGAGUUAGUCUUCAAGGAAGUGAUUGGAAUUGUGUAGCAGCUGAUCCUUGUGAAAUUGUCCUUUUCAAAAUUUAAUUACAAUAUUUCCCCUUCCCUUUCCUCUCUCCAAAUCCUUCUGUCUACCCUUCCAUGCUCUCUCUCUUUCAAAUUCAUGGCCUCUUUUUUCACUAACUUAGUUAUUGUUGAAUUUUGUUACCUUGUAUCAUUUCUCUUUUUAAAGUUAAUUUCUGAGUGCCCCCACCCCACACCAAAGUUUCACGUAGAGAAUGAGAAAAUUUGUCUAGAGCUACCACACACAGAGACCUCUAAAAUGAGUAUUUCCUUAGGUGAAUGCUGUGCUUUGAUACCUUUCUUAGAUGUGAGUAUCGCUCCUGGGAUUCUCUUGGAAAGGGCGAGAAGAAUGUAUGUUUGGAUUUUACACAUCACUGAGUGCCAUCUCAGAUUCUGACUCCAGCUCUGUCAAUCUAGCAAAGUUUGGGUAGUCAGCUGCCUUUAGCAUGUUUCUAUAUCAGUUUUCCAAAUAAUAAGUACCAAAAAAAAAAAAAAAAAAAAAAAAAGGUCCAAACUCCUCCCAUGUUCUAUCAGGCUCUUCUUAGGUCAAUGGGAAGUAGUCUUUCUUUACAGAAAAACCAUACUAGCCAUUUGAAAGGCACUAACACGUGCUCAUGGUUUGUGUCCUUAGUGACAGUGUGUUAAAUGAGAAAUUGAUGGGAUGGUUAUUGUUAGAAUUCAAGGAAGCAGUGUACUAUAUAUAAACAUUUGAUUUUUGAACAUAAGGCUCAUUUUGUUAAUGUUUUUUCAUUCUGCAAGGGAGCCUUUUGUCCUCAGGGCUCCACAUAAAGUCUUAUUGUUAUAUUUGCUGUGAUGGUUCAGGGUAAGAAAAUAAUGAGAACACUAAACACAAAGGAGACUUUUUUUUUUUUAAUUUCAACAGAAAGAACAUUUAUGUUUAGAUCUCUCAUUGGAUUUUGCCAGGAUUCUCACCAACCUGCAAUUUUAAAAUGUGUUUCCAAUUAAGAAUUUACUAAGAAUAUUUUGAAAUACACAUAUUUGCAAGCAUCGAAAAAUUAUUAGCUUUAAAUGUUUUUAAAAAAUUAAGACUUAGAGUCAAAGGGGGUUAAGAGAUAGUCCAUCAUUGGCCCUGACUUUUUACUCUCUACUAUAAUCCUCUAUUUGCUAAGCGAUUAAUAAUAUUUAUAUUUUUAUCUACUAUAUUAGGCCUAUGGCAUUACAACUAACAGUUGCUUUGCAUAUAAGUAAAUAUUUUCAAUCAGUUUCCUUUGAGUGGAAUCUUAUGCUUGCAGCCUGAAUGCUUUAGCAGCUUACAUAAGAAAACCAUUAGGAUUGCAAGAUGACAGCUAUUCCGUUUUAGAGUUGAUGAAGAUUGUUUUAAUGUUAUAGAAAAUCUUCUUAUCCUGGGCCAGGAAAACAAAACCAGAGCUAAUGUUCAUCAGGGUCACACAAUCAGGAUAAAAAUGUGGAUUCAAGUGCUAAGUAAGUUACUAAUGCUUGGCUGCUUGCAUGUGUGAGAGUCUAGAUCAGGAUUUACAUAUCCACAUUGGAGGUGGGGGGAAGUGAUGCACAGUGGAGGGUGCUUUAGACUUUAUCAUUGGCAUUGCUGAGAGGUGCAUUCUAGUCAACUCCAGUGAGUGUAUGCACAUUUUAAAAAAAGUCCUGUGUUUUGCUAUUGUGUAGCAUUUGGCUUACUUUCACAUUUCUUUUUUCUGUAAACAGGCCUGUCAAUAAGAAGGUUGGUUAAGUCUAGAUUUGCAACUAACUGCAAAAGAGAAAGGGGAAAAAACAAAAACAAAAAC